AUCAAAGUAUAUCAGAUAUGGAAAGCUUUUUUUUUUUGUUUUGAAAGAAAUUAGAUAUGUAGAGCUAUGAAUAGGAUUUGGUUGUUUACAAAUGUUUCUGUGAAUCCAACUUAUAUUAGACUUCCUUUAAAUACGUACGUAGUCAGUUUUGUAGUAAUACUUGUGUAUAUAAAUACAUAAGGAACAUAGCUAAGAUCUGCCAGCUGAAGUCUUCCAAUCAAUAUGAACAUGGAAUUUCAGGAUGAUAUUCUCUCAAAAAUCCCACCUGGGUACAGAUUUUUACCUACAGAUGAAGAGCUGAUAACUGAUUACUUGAUGAAGAAGGUCUGUUACGAGCCUCUUCCUCCUCAUGUUAUUCCAGAGAUUGAUGACACCGAGCUCCAUAGCAAGGCACCGAGUAGCCUUGUCACAUUUUCAUGUGGAGAAAGGGAGUGGUACUUCUUUAUCCAUGAAGGGGAAGCAUUUCCUGGACGUCAUCAGAAAGAAAAGAAAAGUAAAGGAUCGAGUAGAACUGUAGGAGAUGGAAAAGGGUUUUGGAAAGCAAAUGGGAAAGAACAACCAAUUUGCAAUUCUGAUGGGAAAGUUUUUGCCUUCAAAAUCCAUUUAACUUACUUUUCAGGAAGUUCUCCGGGUAAUGCCAGGAAAACACAUUGGAAGAUGGAGAAGUAUCGAUUGCCUUCUGAUCGUUGUCACAAGGCAGGUUGCUAUCUUAAGUUUGAAACAAACUGCACAACGGAAGAAUACUGGAUGCUCCACAAAAUAACACCAUUCCUGAUGACAAUAACAAUAAUAUAUUAAAAAUAUUAAAUAUCAUCUUUUUUUCUCCUAGUCUUAUUAGUAUUAUCCUUUUUUUGUUGAAUACUACUAUUAUUUCAUUAAUGAAAGCUCUAAAUAAAGUUUGAAUUUUUAAUUACAUAAGCUUAUUGAAUUCCAUUGUAUUAUGUCAGCGAUGCAUAUAAUGUUUCAUUUGCUAAUAAUUCUUUCUUUCUUUUUUGUUUUUGUUUGACUCACUUAAAAAUUGCCUGCAGGAGAAAGAGUGGGCACUGGGAAGACUGAUAAGAGGAGUGGAAUAUACUUAGUUUUCUUCAUAAGAUUUCAUUCUUUUUUUUUUUUUUUUUUUUUAUAUGUAUCUUGAGAAUAAAACGUAUAGGUGGAAGCACUGUCAUACAUUCUUUUAUUUUCUUAUUAUUGAAUUCAAAUUGCAUACUGAGACUUAUUAGUACUCCAGACUCUCUAAUUAGUUUCAUGAUGUAAAUUACACAUUUACAAGUUACUAAAUUUAGUAUUUUAUAGUAAAAAGAUAUCAAAUUUUUAGUUUGUAAUUAAAUGAUUAAUGGAUUUUAUUUUCAAUAAUAUCAAUGGAACCGUAAGGAAAAAUUAUAUAGACGGUCACUAAACUUUAUACUUUAUAAUAAGAAAAGACCUAAUUACAAAUUAAAUCUCGAAUUUUAUACUUUUUAAUAAUUUUAUCCAAUUAUUUUAAAAUUUUAAAAUAAAUAUCAUUUUUUUAAUUUUUUUAUAAAAAUACUUUCUACAUACAGUUUUUGAA